AUGUCGAAGAUGCAACUGUUAAGAAAGGUUGACGAAUGGAAAGCAAUUGAGAGCGAGAGAGACAAAUUCAUAGAGGAGCUGUGUGAGGAUAAUGACCGCCUUUUGGCCGAAGUGAACCGAUUGAAGCUCGAAGCAGAGCGUGCCAACUUUGAGGCUAAAGAUCACUUUGACAGAUUCAAAAAGAGUGAGGAUUUGAUAAACAGAUUGCAGCAAAAGCACGACGAUGGCGCAUAUGUUUCUGUUUUAGUUGAUGGAGACUGUGUCCUAUUCAAGGACGAGCACAUCAGACGGGGUGUUACUGGUGGUACCGAAUCAGCUGCCCGAAUCUCUGUUCACAUCCGCAUCUAUGCAAACGUAAAGGGCCUGGGCCAAGCAUACUACAACGCAGGCAUUCUGUUUGAUCCGUCAGAUAUUUGGUCUUUCAUGCGUGGGUUUAAUAUGGGUCAUCCGAUGUGUGACUUCAUUGAUGCCGGCGACGGAAAAGAAUGCUCUGACGAUAAACUUAAAGAGACUUUCCGCUCAAAUAUAUCCAACGUCCACUGCAAGCACAUCCUGCUUGCGUGCUCAGCCGACAAUGGAUAUGCUCGGCUGCUUGCGCCUUUGAAGGCGGACAAAGAUGCGGUACAACUCGUGACCCUUGUAGAGGGACCACCGUUCGCCACAAACUCACGACCCGUCCACGAAGCCCUCCGUAUGGCAGCCCGCCCAGAUACGCAGCUGUUGCUGCGGCAGGCGUUCCGCAGCAAGCCAGCCCCAUUCAAGACAGCAAAAUUCCGUCUCCGAUAUGGCAGCCAAUUGCCCGAAAUGCGCAGGGUCAAAGGAUCGACCGUCAUUUGGAGUACUCCCAACACUUAG